CUGAUGUGGUGGAUGUGAUCCAGCUGAUGUCGUCAUCGCAUUCCUUCGAACAUUCGCGUUUGUUUUCAUUCUGAUUUCGAGCGUUCGUGAGGCUGGAUGCUGUUAAUAGCGAAGAACGGGACUAGAACACGGAAAGACGGGAAGAAGAGGCCCUGUGCCCUGCUUUAAUCGAUAUCCACCACCGCUUCUCCAUCACUGAAGCAUGGACAGAUUAGAGGAACUUGUGAACCAGUGGAUUUGGCGGCAGGAUUUCUGGCUUCCUCCUGGCGUUACAUGGAAAGACAUCGCUGAAGGGACGGCGGAUGGAAGUCGUUUUCCCGUACCCCGCGACCUGCUCAUCUCUCUGCCCUUGGCCCUGAGUUUCAUCGCACUGCGGUUUGUUUUUGAAAGGGUUGUGGCGCUGCCGCUCAGCCGGUGUCUGGGCGUCCGGGACAGGGUUCGUCUGCGGGUCACACCCGUCCCGAAGCUGGAGGUGUUUUACCUGCAGAAGAAGCAGCAGCCGUCUCAGAACGAUCUGCUGGUUCUGGAGAAGCUCUGUGGACUCUCUCAGCGUCAGAUCCAGAGCUGGCUGCGUCACCGUCGAAACCAGGACCGUCCCAGCAGCACCAGGAAGUUCUGUGAGGCCUCGUGGAGGUUUGUGUUUUAUCUGGUGGCCUUCUCAGCUGCUCUCGUCUCACUCGUUCAGACUCCGUGGUUUUGGGAUCAUAGGGAAUGCUGGCGUGGAUACCCAAGACAGGCCGUAACAGAAGCUCAGUUCUGGUAUUACAUCAUGGAGUUAGCCUUCUAUCUCUCGCUUCUGCUCUGCGUAUCGGUGGACAUAAAGCGCAAAGACUUCAAAGAACAAAUCAUUCACCACAUCGCCACCAUUUUCCUCAUUGCUUUCUCGUACUGUGCGAACUAUGUGCGCGUGGGAACCCUGGUGAUGCUCGUCCACGACUCUGCUGACUUCCUGUUGGAGUCUGCCAAGAUGUUCAAUUAUGCUGGAUGGAGAAAGACCUGCGAUGCCUUGUUUGUCGUUUUCGCCGCUGUAUUCCUGGUAACUCGCCUCGUGGUUUUUCCAUACAGAAUCGUCUACACAGCGGUGGUGGAUUCGUUGGACGUCUUUCCUCCGUACCCUGGUUAUUAUUUCUUAAAUGGCCUGUUGCUGGUUUUGCAAGCUCUGCACGUCUUCUGGGCUUGGUUGAUUCUUCGAAUGGUUCAUAAAUUUAUCUUUUUAGGCAAAGUGGAACGCGAUGAACGGAGCGAUGAAGAGAGUGAAGCUGAUGAAGAAGAAGAAGAAGAAGAAGGUGGAGAAGAAGAACACACCUGGGAGCAAAAAAAGGGUGCUUUUAACACAAAAUUGGCAUCGUUAGCCAAUAACUGUGUUCUGAACAAUUUAACAAAUCAGAGGCGAAAAAUGAAUAGUAAAACUCCAAAAGCCAGAUAGUAAUGCUACUUUAUGUAUUUAAACGUGUUAAAUCAUCUUCAACUUUCUUGGCUUACCUUGUUUGUCAAAGUCCUACUGUAAUUUCAGACCGCUGGUGUUUUGGUUGCGUGAAAACAUAACGCGUAGUCAGUAUAUUGCGUAAAACAAAAAAUACUACUUGUUUGCAUUAUUACAUUACCAUUGGAGUAUCUUAAAUAGGUUAAACUUUAAUUUGUUUAAAGUUAGUCUAAUUAAUUAUAGUGCAUUGGUUGAGUAGUAGCACUAUAACUUAAAUUUUUUUUAACGUAAAUACAAACGUGUUUUUUUUUUUAUAAACAGACAUUUUAAGUAUUAAUUGUUGAAGUGUUGUUAAAGUUAAUUUACUAAUUUGCUGCAACAUUUAGAUGCAUUAUUUUUAAAUACUCUGUAGAAGAAAAAAAAAGAAUAGAUAGUUGUGUGUGAAAAUUAUGAAUUUUCUUCAGUGGCUAUUUGUAUCAAAAUGGGCAUUGGUUGACCUUUAGGAGAAACUUACUGCGCCAUCAGGUAGUGAUAUGUCCACUUGUUUUUGUGAUUCUUCUAAUGUAAGAUUUUGUUGCAAGGAGCUUUUGGAGCUUGUUGUGUUUUAUAAGAUGGCGCAUUGAAAUCAUUCAGAUGAUUUCUCACUGGAGCAUGUGCCUCGAAAUCUUUAAAGUCAAAGGGGGUAGUUAAAUUUGAGGGCAACUAUGUAAGCCCCUUGAUUUCUUAAAUACUGACUCUGCUCCAAGGGCUAAAGGCAAAGUUUUUUUCGUUGUUCUAGAUGAAGCUGGAAAGUUUAUUUGCACAGUAGCCAUAACUGAUCUUUCAUUCAAAAGCUGUGCGUCUGUCUUACACUGUUUAACUUAUAAAAGACCUGUGAUUGUUUUUGUAUGAAUUUCCCUCUUUUUAUUGGGAUUUACCAUGUUCUGAGUUUGUUAAUGCAACAUUUUGUAGUUGUUAUAUAUCUUGUAACAAUGACAGAAGAGGAAUAUAUUCUUGUAAUCUUCA